AUGUGUAUGUUUUCAGGAUUAGCCAGUCCGUCCGAUAUUACACUUAAUCCCAACACGGGCACAGUUUACGUCACUGAUCGGGGGGACACUCAACGUGUGGCACAAAUCGAUCCAGUCACAAGAGCUAUUGGUACGGCUGCUGGUGGUAAUGGAGCUGGAAAUGCUGCUAAUCAGUUGAGCACUCCAAAUGGUAUCUUUUUCGAUUCAACAACAAAUAGUCUGGUGAUCGCUAAUACUGCGGCUCACAAUAUUGUUCGUUGGGUUAUAGGAGCCACUACAGGGACAGUUCUUGCUGGUACUACUGGAGUCUCUGGUAAUGCAGCAACACAACUACACAAUCCCACUGGUGUAACAUUCGAUUCCACGGGAAAUAUGUAUGUAGCCGAUAGGGACAAUAAUCGCAUACAAUUUUUUACACCUGGUCAAACGGUUGGCACUACCAUUGCUGGAACUGGAAUAGCUGGCAUUAGUGCCUCCGCAUUUAAUGCAUCCUCUGUCGUUAGACUUGACAAUCAAGAAGAAAGUAUUGAAAUAAUGACACAUCCAUCAUAUUCACUAGAUCUUUGGCCACGUGACUUUUGGCUAAAUGAUUAUAUCAAGAAUAAUUUGAUUGAUCAAACAAAGGAAGAAUCGCUACUUCAAGAGGAUGUUUGUUGUGUGGCAUGUCUAUCGGUUGAUAUUCAUAAACAACAUAGUGAUGAAGUAAAAUCAGUUGUAGAUGUUGCAAAUGGAGAAAAAAAUUUAGUAAAUGAAUAUCUCGAGAAAAUUCGAAAAUUAAAAACAACAUUUACGAAUGAAUUAAAUCAAUUACAACAAGCACUUAAAAAUAUUGAUAUUAGUGAAUUGAAAAGUAAUCAAGAAAUUGACAAGGAAUUUAAUCGAAUUGUAGAAUGUGUAGAAGCUAGACGAAAAAUAUUAAAAACACAAUUACAACAAAAGUCUCAAACAUCUCGCGAUCAUAUUUAUUCGAAACAAGAAGAUCUUAGCAAUAUCAAUUCAAGUUUAAAUAAAUGUUUAGAAGAAGGAAGACAUAUAUUAACACUCAAUGAUUUUGCUGCAUUGUCUCAAUCUAAAACUAUUAUUGAUCAAAUGAAAAAACUUGAAAUUGAAAGUGUUGAAUAUCAUCAUCAAGCUCAUUUGACUGAUUCGAUUCCAUUUCAUAUUUCAAUUCAGAUCCUUCUCGAAAUGAUCAAAACCUCAGGAAUUAUAGGAGAAAUACCUGCACCAUUAUUUGUUCAACAAAAGUGUAAAGUUGGUGGAACUAAUCUUGAAGUUGAAUGGGAACUAAUUGACUAUGAAUCAUCUAUAACUGCUUACAUUUUAGAACUUAAACAAGACAAUAAUAAUUUCAAUGAAGUCUAUCGUGGUUUGGAAACGAAAUAUCAUUUGCAAGAUUUAAAACCGAGCACAUCUUAUGUAUUGCGUUUAUCCACAUGUUAUGACAGAGAAAUUGGAAAUACUACGCUACUAUCAUUGAGAACGUUAGAUGUCGACUUAAACAACUGGAAAUUAUCUAUGUCUCCCUCAUACACGCUAGUAAAUGCUGAAAAUACACGUGAAUCGUUGUUAGAUGGUCAGUUUACAACAGGUGCUGCAACUGCGUUGAUGCGUCGUGGUGAAUGGAUUAAAGCUACAUUUCCAUAUCCUGUUCCGGUAACAAGUGUAACAAUUGCACCAUUGCAUAAAAAUCCAACUAAGUGGAAUCCAGCAAAUGGUAAUGGUGGCACUUUGCAAUAUUCACAUGAUGAUACCAACUGGAUAACCGCUGGAACGAUCGCUUAUGUCGAAAUGCAGCAACAAAAGAUUGAAGUCGGUAGCGUUACAGCUCAAUACUGGCGAUUAUUUCUCGAUUCCUAUCUUGGCACAAGUAGUUUUCUAUUCAAAUAA